UUUAAACUCCACGGGAAUAUGUCCCUUGCAGGACCUUCGCGAUCCAUUCAAGCCAGCAAGUUUGGAGAGCGUGUUGAGUUUAAUCAAUUCAUAACGUCGAGAUGGAGCCGAACUCACUGAAGUGGGUGGGCUCGUCUUGCGGUUUACAUGGACCAUAUAUAUUCUAUAAAGCCUUUAAAUUUAACCGGGACGGCAAACCGAGGAUUCUGUCUCUCGGAGACUUCUUCUUCGUCAGAUGUAAACCGGAGGAUCCUAUUUGCAUAGCGGAGCUUCAGCUGCUCUGGGAAGAAAGAACAAGCAAGCAACUUUUAUCAAGCUCCAAACUUUAUUUUCUACCAGAGGAUACUCCCCAGGGACGGACAGUCAUCCACGGAGAGCACGAGGUCAUCGCAGUGUCCGAGAAGGUGGUGGUGCGGCUGGAGGACCUGGUGAAGUGGACCGUGCCCGACUUCUCGGGAUGGAGCCACUGCCUGAAGGCCGAGCCCCUCAAACCCUCCGUGCUGCGGGAGCUGGGGACCAACGGGAGGCGGGAGGCCCUCCACCGCUAUCGGGAGAGCACCCUGACCAGCGGACUCAACUUCAAGGAUGUCCAGCGGGAGCGGGCGCAGCUGGGCCAGGAGGAGGACGGGCGGAAGGUUCUGGUGCUCAGCUACCCGCAGUACUGCCGCUUCCGCUCGGUUUUGGCGCGCCUCAGGGCGCAGCCGUCCUCUCUGCUCAUCGACCACACGGUGCUGGCGCUGGGCGGCAUCGCCGCGUUGGGCGGCAGCACGAGGAUCCUGUACUGCCGGGACACCUUCGAGCAUCCGGCCCUGCUGCAGAACGAGAGCGUCUGCGACGAGUUCGCUCCUAAUCUGAAGGGGCGACCUCGGAAGAAGAAGCUGUCCAUCUCUCAGAGGAGGGACUCCCAGGGUCAGGCUCAGGGUCAGGGUUCAUCGGGGUCGACCCAGGGGUCAGCAGCUGUGGCGGCACCGGACCCCUCCAGCCCAGACUGCAGAACUGCCACCAAGGUCAAGCCUAACUGUAAAAUCGUCCCCAACGGAAAAAUCUCCUCGGCCAAACACAAGGCGCACGGCCUCAGCAGGAAAUCCUCCGCUGAGGAAAAGGAGGGAGGGAAGGAGAAGGAAAGGGAGAAGGAGGAGAGGAACGAGAGGGAGGAAAACAAAGAGGAGGAGACAUCCGAGGAGAGCCGAGCGGAGGAGCAGGCCUUCUUAGUGGAGCUCUACAAGUACAUGAAAGACAGAGACACGCCCAUAGAGAGGAUCCCCUUCCUCGGCUUCAAACAGAUCAACCUUUGGACCAUGUUUCAAGCUGCUCAGAAACUAGGAGGAUAUGAGUUAAUCACGGUCCGCAGGCAGUGGAAGCAUGUAUACGAUGAAUUGGGCGGGAACCCAAGCAGCACAAGUGCCGCCACGUGUACACGGAGACACUACGAGAGGCUCCUCCUCCCCUAUGAGCGGCACGUUAAGGGCGAGCAUGACAAGCCCCUCCCCUUGGUCAAAGCCAAGAAGCAGGAGGGCGGCCCCGAGAAGGCUUCGGGAGCCAAAGCCAAAGGAGUGGGGGCCAAGAAAUUCAAAGGCUGCAACAACCCCAAGCUGGGGAGUAAAAAGGACAGAGGGGAGGCAGCAAAGGAGCAAGAACAAUCACAGGAGUCCAGUGAGAAAGAGGAGAGCGGUGAGCCGCCCGCGACCAUAAAACAGGAGGGACCUCUGAGAGAAGAACCCAUUGUAAUAGAGGAGGAAGAGUUACACGUUACCCUAAAGAAGGAGGAGUCGUUCGCAGCGGAGCCGCCAUCUUCGCUCUGCCUCAAAGAGCCGGACUGCAGAGCCCCAAAUGCGGCCCGUUCCCUCCACGCGGGGCCACACGGCCCCCGGCCUGAGUGGAGGCAAAUCAGCGAGGCCCUCCAAGGGAAACUCUCCUGUGAACAGCAAACCGAAGCGCAUUUCAUUCCUAAAAUCCCUUACCUGCCUCACCGUUGGGAUCAGAACAGACCUCCUGGACACGUCGCUCUGCCCGAGCCCUCCUCCAGGGUCAAAGACUCCAUAGAGAGUCAUGGUGGGAGGGUGGGGAAAGUGUUGCCCAUGUGCAAGCAGACGGACACACAGUGCGUGGACUUGAGCACGGAUUCCUUUCCAGAGAAAGAAGACUACGUGGCCAUUAAGAAGGAGUCCACCCAGAACCCCACGCAGACGGCCGCCUACUGCAAAUCCAGCCAGGGGGUCAUGUCUCCUUUAGCCAAAAAGAAGCUCCUCUCCCAGGUGUGUGAGUCCAACCCUUUCUCCUUCACGUCGCCUUCCCUUCAGCCGCCACACGCCACGGCGACUUCCUCUCUCCCGGUCAUAUCAGCACCCGAAAGGGAGAACCGAAAGGGUGACGAGGAGGUGGCAGGACAGAGGCACGGCGGCGCGUCAGACAUUACCCCGGAGGUGGCGCCCAUAUUCAGGCCAUCGGUCAUCCAGCACGCGCAGAGCAGCAAGCCUCACCAACAAGCCGCCGGCGGCCCCUCGGAGAGGAGCGUCGCCGCGGAGCUCUCCGAAACGUACGGCUGCCGGAUCAGCCGUCACCUCCAGCCUCAAGUCAACCCGCCGUGGCAGCCUUACCUCCCGCAGGCCCAUGCCCAGGACGGCAUGGAGAGCGCCGGGGAGACGCUGCUCCAGGGCCCAGGUUCUCAGGCGCGGAGCUACACAGGCGACUGCUACUCCUCGCCUCACCUCCACAGUCUGUACAGGCAAACCGAGAGCUGCCUGAGCCAGGAGAGGAUGGUCGGCUUCCCCAACGGAGAUCGCCGGGAGCGCUACGUCAGAGACCACGAGGGCGGCUUCGUCUGUGGCGGCCUGCAGCAGGAGGGCUUGGCCUACCGAUCUCACUACGGUGACAGGACUCAAACACGCGUAGAGAGGAGGGAGGUGGACGACGAGCCCAGAGACUUUACAAUGUCCAAACCUCUCUCCCAGAGGGGGUCCUCCUUCUCGAAGCCCUCUUUCUGCAGUCUCCCUUAUCCCAUCAUGCACCAGGGUUUGGACUCCCACCCUAAGGCGUGCAGAGUUCCUCCCAUGACUAUCUCUCCCCCCAAACAGAACCCAGCAGAGUCAUCGCAGCCGUUCCCCAGCCCGAAAGCACCAAGCGACUCGUCCCACGCGAGCCCCGCUCGACCCGGUAAGCGGAGCCUCCUGGGACCCGAUGGCGAGGACGCCCCGGAGAGGAAGGUGCGCGUGGUGACGCCGGUCCACCCCGCCGGCUCGAUCCGACGCGGCGACCCGGAGGAGCUCAAACCGGCUGAGCCGGCCCACGGCGUUCACCUCAACAACCGGCUGCCCGAGGGCCACCCGGCCGCCUACCCUCCACACCUCUACACCGCCAUGUACCCGCCCGGCAGCCUGGUCUCCCCGGGAGACGGGCUGCAGCAGCACCCCGGCCUGCAGUACCUGAAGAGCCAGUCGGCGGUGUCUCCGCUCAUGCCGCCGCUGGCCUUCCACUCCAUGAUGCUUCACCGGCAGCUGCUGGCCGCCAGCCCCAGCCCGCACCACUUCUACAGGCACCCGGGCGGGACGGCGCUAUACGGGGACCUGCUGCACCUUUACCCUCUCUCCACCCUCCCGCCACCUCAGCUGUCCUCGGUACACCCCAGCACCAGACUGUGAGAGGGUGAUCCACGUCACCCUCCUCCUUCUUCCUCCUCCACAAACUUGUUCGGCUCGUCUCUUCUGUCUCUCUCGCUCGGGGAUCGAAAAUAAACACUGAUUAUAAAACUUAUCGCGGACUGAUGAACGCAUCGUUCAGACUGAAAAAAUUCCAUUCUCUUUUUUUAUUGGUUUGUUUGCAUUUGUUUAUAUACGUUGCACUGUUCUCUGUUUGUAUCACCACUUACUGUAUCUUUUUGUCGCGCUCGUUGUAUCCUCAUUUGCACAAUGCUGGUGUGAAUGUGCUCACAAAUCAGUUUGAGUCAGGUUGUGUGAAAAGCGCAGGGCGACUGAGAAAAAGCCAUUUGUUUACCGCAUCUGAGGGCUAAACUGCUUAAGAACACUAACAACUAACAUGACAGCGUACAUUCAAUUCUUUGUACAACCAGAGGUGCGUUCGCCUCGCAAACAAUGUUUAAGAGCUGUUUAGUGCAUUAUCACACUUUUGGCAGCGUUUACACGUCCCUGAAAGCUGAUUCCGGCUUGCUGCAGUAAACCCACCUGGACUCCUCGGCACAGACUUCAACAAUGCGGCGCUGAACAGAGUCGUGUCACAACAUUCAGAAGUGCUGUGUUUAACAUAUGUACUGGAGAGUCGGUUCAGGUUUUUGUUCGUUAUGUAUGUCAGUCCAGAUCAGACAACACAAGCACUUGUCAUGUUCAAUCUGAUGGCAAUUCCCGAAUGUUUUCUUCUUUUUUUUUUUUUUGCCAGCAAACGAGCAGCCGUUGUCAUUUUUACUCUCAGAAUUGAAAGCCUGUUUGAUCGUAAAGUCCGUUGUGAUGAGUCGACUGUAGCAGCUUGUGUUUGUCGGACCAGCAUAAUGAAGCAGCCGUCUGCUGCGGAAUGCUCACCACAAGAAAUCAGCAUUUCAUCCUUUCGUUCUUGACUUGAAAAGCUCUUAUUUAGUGAAAAGACUCACUGUAUAAUUUGAUAGGAAUGUUGUCACUUAGGAUAUUAUUGCUUUGCAAGUAUCUGUGCCUUUCGCAGUCUCUGAUUAGAGUUAGCACUACAGUUGUUAAGGUUUAUCUUCUGUAGCAGGGUAGAAAUAUCGAUAUUACAGUCACUCUUUGCUGAAAUGCAGCGCACACACUCAUACAAUCAUAUGGAACACUUGGCUUUCAGACACCAGACUUGAUACGAAAUGUAGUUAUUUCUUAAAUAGAAGCAGUUGUGCUUUAACCUUAUGGUUAGUGUUUGUGCUUAAUGACUAUUUUCCUUAACUGUGUCAGACAGUCAAUUAUAGAAAAACUGAAAAUAUUUGCUGCUAUUGACACAGGUCUGGUGUCUGUCAUCCGCAGGGCAUGUGUGCUUUAGGUGUUUUUCAGAAGUGAUGAAAAGAUACCAGACUCCAUAAAAUAUGCCGGCCAUGUUCCAUGGCCCGAGGUGAAACAACAGCUGCUUUGGCUUUUACAACCACUAUAAUUGCAAUCCGGGAAAGCCGAAAUACACAGUCGAACACGUCUGGUUUUUCAAAAGAAGAAGCUGUAAGCGUCUAUGUGUAAAGUUUAACUGAAUACUUAGAUAACGACGUUCAUUUCUGAUAAAUGACUGUACAUUGCUGUGUGUAGGUGAAAGUGGCAUUAGUGCGGACUCCUGUACAGAACAUUCAUACGGGAUCACCUCAUGACAACGCUUAUCUCUCUUGUCUUAUUUUCUGUGUAAAUAGCACUGUAGAUAGCACCGCGUGGUUAUCAUCAUAUAAACUGUUAUAAUCUGUAAAUAGUACAAAAACAGUAUAAAAGUCCGUUAUACAAUCUAGCUGUGUCCUUGUUUGCGCUGUUUCAAGGUCACGGUAAUCAUGUUAGAUUUAAACAAACACUACAAUUUAAGGAUUAGGAUACUAUUUUUUAUUUCCUGUCAUUUCACUUUUUUUUCACAUUGUUUCCAUUUAUGUGCAUCCAGAAAGUGUUUUUGAUACAGUAGCCAUCUGUUUACCAAUCACCCAGCUGGCGAGCAAGACAAAAAAAUAAAGACAUUUUUUAUGAUAUGACCUCCUGUAUAUUUAAUUAAAAUAUUUUACUAUCUA